AUGACGACUGUGUUCGGCUCGCGGAUCCGUCAAGGUAACGGUGUUACUGUUGCUAAAGAUGGGAAUGAUGAUCGCGUAGGUGAAAUGCUUAGUGACAGCUCGGACGACGGCUCACCUUUGGGAGGAAACAUUCGACGCAACAUAGGAAAGAAGUUGACAACAACACGGUCGAACGAUAGCGACGUCAGUUCCUUGCGAUCUUCGAGUGCAUCGGAAGGAGGGAAAACAGAAAAUGUUGCAGGUAAUUGGCGAAGCUCGAACAGUGAACGUCGUGAUGUAGCGAAGCGUGAGGAUGCGGUGAUGAAUGCAAAGACCAAGAUAGAGCCGCUGAAAGGACUGCAUGUGUUAAAGAAGACUUCUGGAACAUUGGCUAGAAGCCGAAAUCUUCGCAAUUCGUCGUCAACAAAGAAAAGCACAGGAAGAAAAUGGUACAGCGACUCAGAUGAAGAGGAGGAGGAAAGUAAGAAAAAUCAUUUGAAAAUUGAGAGCACAGAAGAGGAUUCGGAUCUGGACGCGUAUAUUGCUGGGUCAGUGGUACAUCCACAUCAAAAUAAAAAGGAAAAAUCUCGGUUAAGAUCCAAGUUGCAAGUCCCCCAAAAACUUAAUCGACUGAAAAUUCGCAAAGAGAGAGAGAGUGAUUGGGAUUCUGACAUCAGUAAAGAAGCAGGUGAAGCUUCUGCUACAGGAAAUGGAGCAAAGAAUACAAACAUGUUAAAACUGAUUACAAAGACAAAGGUAAUGUCGCCAUUUGGUUGGAAAGAGAAAAAAAAUAUGACGAAAGACUUAGGUCCAUCGGCCACUAAUAGUCCGGCUGAAGCGAAAACUAAGAGCAAAAGAGACGCACCUUUAACUACAGAGCACUCGACAUCGAAACCUUCCGUUACAAUCAGUACGAGGGGAGGACGACCCACAGAGGUGCAGACGGGAGGUGCGGGGAGUUCACCCGCAGUCAUUAUAAAUCGACGCACAGAUCGCUUGAAGCACUCCGCUAGUGGCUCCGAAUAUGGCGGUUCUCCCCGAGUUACUGCCAACAGCGCUGAGGAAGUUGUGAGCCCUGGUUUGCGCAAAGUACCUGGGGCGUUUCCGGGAAGGCCUGGCAGUGGGGUAUUGCUGGAAGGAUGGCUGCGACAGAAACAACGACGUGGUAUUAAGGGGCUUAAGAAAUGGAAUUCGCGCUAUUUUGUGCUCUAUGCAAAGCUAAAUGAGGUGCGGUAUUAUGCUGAUGUCGUUCAAUCUGCUUGGGGUCCAAUUCCACUUGGUGAGAUCGGAUCAAUUUCGUUGCGGCUUAUCCAACGUAUUGGUAAACUAAGCCACCCAAAGUACAAAGGAUGUCGCUUUGACAUCACAUGCCGCAAUACCUGGGGGACACAUUAUGCCGAUGACUAUGUAUCCUCCGACGAAGAAAACGCUAACGCUAGCAACCAAGCUGCUCCGAACUCAAAUUCUGAAAAACCAACUUCGACAUCUACCAAGCAAGAAAAGAGUGGCACUCCAAAGUCAUCGCGUGUGUACAGUCUCGUAUCUGACUCACCUCAAGUCACGGUGAUGUGGGUUAAUAUGUUGGAUUCGCUACUCAUACGAAGUGCCAAUAGUCCACGUCCAGACAUAGACUCACCUGCUGAAAAUACUAGCGUUAUAUCCGCAACAAGUGCAAGCGGUAGAGCAAGAAGGUCUCGAACCGUUGCACGGCAGCAAUCUUCUACUUUAGAAACGGAGUUAUCGGUGCUCUUACGCCCUGAGGAGCUGGUACCAAAGGCAACUAUCUACGCCAUUAAUUUUAUCUAUGACUCGACUCCUGGCAUUGAGACUGAACGUUUUUACGAAGUGAAACCAAAUACUGCAAAGCUGAAGGCUGCUCUCGAUUUCUUAAAUGAAUUUUCCAGCGAGUCUGUGACACGAAAACCGACUAAGGAUGAGCUGGAAGAGCUGCUGGAUGCUACAACUGCCGGUGCUAUUGUACGGCUAUGGUUAAAGCAGCAAGAGCAGCCUCUAAUUCCUUAUACCAUGUUCGACGAAUUCGUAACACUUGCACGUGAGGCACAAUAUGCCCCUUUUGACUCACAACGGAAUCUCCAAACACUAAUUGAAGCUCUGCCCAAGAAAAACCUUACCAUGCUAGCUUGCCUGCUUUUCCACCUCAACGACGUCAAUGUCUACUCAUCUAAGAACGGAAUGGACGCAGCAAGACUCGCGCACCACUUUACCGAGUUUAUCCUACGUCCGCAGGAAAAUACACCAGUGGCUGACAGCUCCACGGAUGACGCUAGAAUGAUCUGUCGUUUGGUCGAAGAAAUGAUCACCAAUGUCGACACUUUGAUCGACGAAAAGGAAGCGCAGCUUCUCGAAGACAACCGAUUGUAA